UAUUCCAUGGUGUGCAAAACACUGCAAACUUCAAACUUUACAGUUAAAUUCUUUGUUAUCAGCUUAUCAAGUUGUAAUGGUCAGUACAACUACUCAGUAACAAUCAGUAACAAAGUAACAAACUAACAACUCUAACUCAGUCGACAGUCACUCAGUGAGACAAUUCUUUUCUAUGACAGUGAGUACUGAGUAGUGAGCACACUGAGUUUGUUGUGGAUGGUCACGGAUCAUAAAUCCCGACGGUCGACCAAUGGUUGAUGGACGACUUACACGAAAAAUUCCCUUUCGAGGCCGAUGUGAAUAGAUUUCUGUGGAUCAUCAGCCCGCCGUAACGCCAACGCCAUUCUCGAAUAUUAUCGUUCUACCCUGCCACUCGGAUCUUCACACAAUCUCAUACAGUGUCCCACGUACCCUUUGCAAGGCCCGUCUGUACCUGCCACGUACCGAUCUGAAAUGAGUUCGCUCGAAGUGGCCGAUGGGGCCGGAACGCCGUCUACGAUUUCGUUGGAUUCGCUUCCCAUUGAGGUAAUCAGGCCACGGAAGUCAUUUUUGAAAGACGCCUCCAGUUCGCAGGAGACAAUUUAUUUUAUGUAGAUCUCCAAAUUCGACAAAUUUUACUAUUUAAGUAUUCCUAAUGAUUUGUGAACGCAUUGAUGCUGACACACUGGUUAGGUCAUUGAUGUACGUCAAUAAACAAUUCUAUGACAUAAUCAGUGACAACUAUCUGUGGAAGAAAAGAGCCAUGCAUAAAUUUAACGAUUGCAAUGUGGCGUUCAUGUUAACAAGUGCUUACAAUGAAAACACAUUUAAUUGGAAACAAUUUGCUUGGCAUACGGAAUUGGAAGACAGUUGUUGGAGCGAAUAUAAGACAAAGACUACUACCACUGUUUAUAGAGGACCUCAUUUUUCUGAAGUGGAUGCUGUUAUCAUGGCCAAAGAUGGUAAUCAUUGUAUUUCUGCAUCGAGAGAUCGUUCUAUAUGCUUGUGGAGCACCGCUAUAAAUAUAAUCAACAACCCCAUGGUGCACAAAACAGAGAGCCAUAAAGGAUGGGUAUGGGAUUUAGACAUUUAUGAUGAUCAUCACUUUUUAUCGGGUUCUUGGGACUCCAGAGUCAAACUAUGGAAUACUGACAACUUCUCACAGAUUUCACAACCAAUACAAACAUUUAGAACUGAUGCAGCUGUGUUAUCAAUUACGAGCAAAGAAAAUUUUGUUGCUGCUGGACUUUAUAUGCCUAAAAUUAUUGCAUUUGAUCCUCGUGAACCUGAUAAACGACUAUUUGAACUACUUAAUUCUCAUAAGCGCAGUAUUAUUGAUUUAUGCUUAAUAGAAGAUAAUUAUUUGAUAUCAUUGAGUGAAGAUAAAACUGUAUCUGUUUGGGAUUUGCGUACAAAUAAUACUGUCAAAUCUAUGUACCUUUCUAAACAGGACAGUAGAUUUCCAAUGUGUGCUUCCUAUCAUGAUAAUAUACUAUUUAUUGGUGAUAAUCGAGAUUGUAUAUACUGGUUGGACUGUUCACAUGGGUUGUAUAAUAUUAUUGAGACUGUGAAACUUGAAAGGCCUAUAAAUGACAAUCGAAUUUACAAGCUCAAUUGCAUUAAAUGUACUAAUUAUGGCAGUGUUAUAACUGGGGGUAAUGAAGGAAUUAUUUACAUUUUAACUCCGACAAACCCACCAAAAGUUAUAGCCAAGGUUAUUGAUUCUGGUUCAGAAAUAACUUCAAUUGAUUAUCAAAAUGACACUUUAGUUGUUGGAUAUGUUAAUAGUUAUGUUCAAGUGUGGAAAAAAAUAUAGUUAUAUCUGUGAUAUCCAAUUAAUAAUUAACUGUAAUAAUCACUGCCUUAUAACACAUAAUUUUAAAAUAUAUUUUUUUUUUUAUAUACAUACAAAUAUUUUGAUAAUGCAGAGCAAUGUUUAAAAUAUUUUAUUUUAAAAAUAUUUAUUUUUGAUAAAACUUAAAAAGAAAUUUAAAAUAACUUUAAAUUAUUAUUCUAUAUUAUAAUCUAUAAUGAACACUCAAUUCUCUCCUAAUUUUAUAAAUACCACAGUUAAAAGACAAUUAUUUCUUAUUAAUUUUUUAAAAAAAUUUUAUCUUAUGAUGGACUAAGAAAAAUUUAUCUAACCUAAUACAUUAACUAGAAUAAUGGGUCAAUUUUAUUUUAUAAAAUCUUUUUAUUUGCAAAAACUUUUUACAUAAAUUCUUGUUCCUUUUGGUCGUGGUUACUUCUAGUCAUUAUUAAAUAUUAAUAUCCUAUUUGAUAUUAUUAACAAACACUAUUAAUUUAUUUUUUAGUACUUCAGUUUAAUACAUAACUUACAAGUAUUAUUAAUUAUAUUUACAAUUAACUGUUACUUUUUAAUUUUUAACGAUUUAAUUUAAUUUAAAUACUUUACCAUGACAAUAAAUUGUAACCAUUUUCUAAGAUUAAAAAUGUUAAAAUUAAUGUUUUUACCAUAAUAUAUAAUAUAUUUAUGUUGUAUUUUAGAGGUAUAAAAUAUAAAUGUAUGAAUGUA